AUGGUCACGACGGCAUCCGACAGGACCAACAACCCCUUCUUCAACAUCGAGCCCUCAGCACCCGUGGCCAGCCGCGAGGCCUCGGCCGGCAAAGCCUUUGAACGCGUGCGUGCCUCGCCGUCCACCAGUCCACAGCAACACCGACCCUCUCUUCCGAGCCAGGCUCGUGCCUAUGUCAACAAACAACCUCACCAGGAGGCACCUUCGAGGCCGCCUGGCUGGCAUCAGAGCGUUGAUUUCACCAACAGCACGUCCCCAUCCGCCAACAACGACACCGACUCGAGCCACGCCGCCCCUCCAACCGUUGUGCCUCUCGAGCGACUGCGUGUCGUUGUCAAAUCGCGACCCGUGAAUGGCUGGCUUGAUAUCAAGUAUGAUGAAGAGCCCUACCCAGAAGCCUUGUACGGCCAUCUCUCCUACGAAGACUUUCAUGACCACAUUGUGCGACUGAAUGCCAUUCGCCGCAAGUACCGUUGUACUAAGGUCGACUAUGGCCUUUUGGCGGCGGGUGUGAGCUUGCUGCCGGUUAUUCCAUUUGUUGCGCGGAAGAAAAGUCGCGCAAAGAAGCGUCGCCAGGAGAUUGACCUCCUUCUUCAUGACUUUCACAUGGCUAACCCCCACUUGCGCAUGUCCAGCGAUCCCAUCACAAGCCACCUCAUUAUCGAAGCCAACCCCAGUGUUCUCCAAUCCAAGUAG